CCUUUCCCCAUUCACGGUAACAAAGGGCAAGCUCCUCGCAACAUCAGACCACGCAUUUGGAAUCGAGUUUGGUCUACUUUCCUGGGAAAUGAGGCGAACGGGACCAGCAGUAACAACAACGGAACUGCACUUCACCGGCCUCUGUCCACGCUUUCAGUAAGCUUGCGAUCUCUGCCAGCAACACAACAUUGAUCUCGCGAGAUGAUGGCUCCUCACAAGGCACAAACUUCCCCCCUUUGCGAACGCGGAAGUUUAGCUGUCAGGUUCAAUUCCAGGGGCAGAAGCGGCCUGGUGGUGCCGCCGCAGAAAUUAACGCCAUUAACUGGCGAAAGCUAGGCCUCCGACCGCUAUGGAAGGGCAGCAGGAGCAGCAAACCCACGCAACCCUAGCACUCGCCCAGGCUCAUUUCAAGAAAGGUGAAUACGCAGAGGCCGAGGCGCUCUAUUCUGCUUACAUUCGCCAGUGCGCCUGUGCAGCCCCCGCAGGAGGGGCUCCCGUGAGCCCCGAGGAUUUGGCUACCGCGUAUAACAACAGGGGGCAAAUCAAGUACUUCAGGGUUGAUUUUUAUGAAGCCAUGGAUGACUACACAUCUGCCAUAGAAGUCCAACCCAAUUUUGAAGUUCCAUAUUACAACAGAGGGUUGAUAUUGUAUAGGCUGGGUUACUUUGAUGAUGCUUUGGAAGAUUUCAAGAAAGUAUUAGACUUAAAUCCCGGAUUUCAAGAUGCUACUUGGAGCUUAAAACAGACUAUGCUAGAUAAAGAAGAAAAACAAAGAAGAAAUUACUGAAAAAAGUUAUUGAAAAUUUCAACUUAAUUGAAUCAAUUAACUCAUGAUCCUUACACCUGGCAUCUCAUUGUCUCUAAAGUAGGUGCUGAGCUAUUUUGAUUUAUAUUGAAGAUAAAGACAUUCAUAUAUUAACACUGAAAGUUAAAUAAUAUACUGGGGGUGCCAAAAAUGUGUAUACACAUGACUUGUAUUCAUCUUUUGUUUCUGGUAUAUAUUGAGUAUUACAACUUUAAUACAGUUUUUUCCUUUCUUAAAAUGUGUAUACAUUUUUUUUGGCACCCUCUGUAUUUAAGGUAGUUAAUUCCAGGUGAACUAUUUAUGAUGAAUAGGUAUGCUUUUUAUAAAGUGUAAAUAAGUAAUAAUAAUGUGUAAUUAUAUAUUAUUACAGUAAAACAUUUAAAGAAAUGUGUGGUAGUUUUUCAGUAAAAAUUUUUUUUGCUAUAUUUUUAUUCCCAA